AUGAACGACUGGAAUGAUUUUUAUCUACAAACGAAUAGGAUUUCAACUCAAUCUUCCCAGAAGACAUCAAAACAUUGUUUAGAACCCUUUGAUCACUCCCUAAGACGGCCCUGUGCAAUAGGAAUUUGGAAACAAAGAUACUUUUUUGACUCAAAUAUUUUAAGAUGUCGGCCAUUUUGGAUGGAUGCAAGUUGUUUUAGGGAGGAAAUAAAGAAUGGAGUUGAAAAUAAUUAUAUGAAGGAUUUAAAUAAUUAUUUUAAGAGGCCCGGAAAUUUAUUUAAUAAUUUAAUUGAAUGCCAAAAAACUUGUGAAGAAAGGACAAAAGAAUAUCCCCAACAUCCUCACAGAAUUAAACAAAAUUUAAAUCAACCAGAUUAUGUUGACAAAAAGAAAAAGGAUAAACACGCAAAAUUAAAAUGGAUAAAAGAAGAUAAAUGUUUAAAAGAAAAUAAUCACAAAAUAAGAGAACAUUUACAAGUUGAGAAAAAAUUAAAAAUAAAUGAAGAAAAAAUGAAGGCUUGUUUUGAAGUUUUUGAUAUAAAUUUGACAAAAAAUUGUGGAAGAUUUCCUUGGAAAAUUUCAUUCUUUUUUGAUCAGCAUUACAAUGUUUGUCGCCCUUUUUGGUAUAAUGGAUGUGUUAGUAAUUCUAAUAAUUAUUUUGAAAAUGAAAAAAGUUGUAAAGAAAUUUGCGAGAAGGAAAGAGAAAAUUUAACAAUAAAUAAAGAUAAAUAUGGCUAUUUUGGCAUUGGAGAGGAAACUACAAAAAUAUUAAAUAAAACUAGUAAAUACUUUCCAAUAUUAACUAAAACCGAAAAAUAUAUUCGUUCAAAAUCAUUAAUUAUGAACGAGAAUGAAUGUACUCAAUUUUAUUAUUAUGUCAAAACAAAGGAAAAAAUCGGAGGACUAAAAGUCUUUCUUUGCCUUUUGGAGGAAGGAGGGCAAUGUCAAAUGAAUAUUUUACCACUCAUUUUCACCAAUAAAAAUCAAAAAUGUUUUACUGGCAGACCCUGGCUAAAAGGGAAACAUUCUUAUGCUUGGUUCUUUGGAUUGGAUCAGAAAUCAAUCAAAAAUAAAACAAAAAUAAAUAUUUCUUUAAUUUUAAAAUUAAAUAAAAAUAAUUCAACGAAUAUAUUGCCAACAACAACAAAUAAUUAUAUUUUUAUAGAAAUUUUAAAUAUUAGUAAUGAAUGUAGUAAUAUUUGCUAA